GCGCAAAAGGGGGUGAAGGUGAAAUAUGGCCGGGAUCAGCUGGUGAGAGGAACACGCCCUGCAAACGCGUCGAGACCCUCGAUUUGUUCGGUCCCCACAGCGACAGAUGCGGGGGGGAUUAUUGGGAUUGGGAUUGGGGUCGGAAGCUGGGGAAACGGAGUCGCCAGGACUGCUUCUGAGACAAGGACCGAGGAGGCAGAGCAGCCAAAGCCUGGGCGCUGAAGCAAUAACGAUAAUGAGUGAGAGGGCAAAACGAAGGACGCAGUGGGGAAGAGUGAUUAGUAGGGGAGAGCACGGCGUUGAUGGAAAGUUGGCUCAGGGGAAACACUUUCGCAGAGCCAAUCAGAAGUCGCCGAGACGGGCAUGGCACGGGGCCAGCUAGCCCCAAAGUGUGUACUUAGGGCGAUGAAACACGAGGCGCCCAACGGUUGUGGGCGCACUUGGGCAAUUCUUCAG